GCAGCGUUGGAGGGGCAAGGUGUUAUAUAGAUUAAUCCUUAACAUCUCCUAUCGCUCAAGCUCCAAGGCACCUUCCUCUCAGUACCUUUGUCCGUACGAUCUUGGACUGUUGCCAGUCAUUGAACCAGCGGCACCAUAGUAGCAUCGUGUUACCGACGCCACCAUGCCUACUCCCAUCGAUCGAGCAAUGCAGUCUCGUAACCUCUUGCUUGGCUUCGCAGCUAUAGUGACACUCGUCGCUGCGUGGUCGAUCUGGGGCCAGAAUAUGUUCCCCCAGCAGGUAGACCCUAAAGGCGAGCCCGAGAAUUGGAGCAAAGAUGAAAUGAAGCGAUGGCUUAACGCUCGAGGCCUCAUGGCAGGCUCAGCCGCCACGAGAGAGGAGUUACUUGCUAGAGUGAUGGCCCAGAUGCGCGCACCGAGCGUGUGAUUCUCCGCGACUGCGCGGGAUGGACGUGCUGGUUUCCUCGAUCUACUCUUGGUGUUAGGCAUAACCCUAAUGAUAGCCACUCGCUUCGACUGCGUUUGUUAUCUACGUCCAAUUUCUGAGUAACAUCUCCACACACAUACAGGUGUCAUUCAAGGGUCUCUGCUUGGUCUGAACCAGCGCCUAUCGGACUCUCCGUCAAUCACGUUCACCAUC